AUGUCGAACCAACUGGAUAUUUUGAUUGUGGGCGCUGGGCUGUCGGGACUUGCUGCGUCCAUACAGUGUGCGCUCUCUGGACACUCAAUUAGAGUGCUUGAGGCAGCAAAGGCACUUACCGAGAUUGGCGCUGGCCUCCAACUCACACCAAAUGCCACACGGCUUCUUCAACAAUGGAGGGUCUAUGAUAUGCUCCGUGAUCGAGUGUGCGAGCCAAACACACUGAGCGUGUACAACUAUAAAGGAAAGACACUGGCUGAAGAGAAGGAUUUUGGCAGCAAUAUCCGAAAGAAGUACAGUGCUCCAUUUUCCGACUGUCAUCGAGUGGAUCUUCAGCAAGCGCUGGCUAGACGGGCAAAAGAACUCGGUAUAACAGUCGAGCUAAACGCAAAAGUCUCACAUAUCGACUUUGGAGACGCUUCUGGAAGCAAAGCUCAGGUCACAACAACUGAAGGAAAGACGUAUGUCGCAGAUCUCGUUGUGGGUGCAGAUGGCCUCUGGUCAACCUGUCGCUCCACAUUGCUGGAUCGAAAUGACCCCCCGUUGCCCACAGGCGAUCUCGCAUACCGCAUCGUGCUCGACAUCAACCAGAUCGAAGACGACAAGCUGCGAGAAAUGGUUCAAACACCCGCCUGCCGAUUCUGGGCCGGUCCAGACGCGCACGUGGUCGCCUACAGUAUGCGAGGCGGAAACAUGUACAACAUAGUCCUGCUCGUGCCAGACGAUCUUGAAGAAGGGGUGGCAAGAACACAAGGCGAUACGCAGGAGAUGAAGAAGCUAUUUGAGGGAUGGGACCCAGUGUUAACCCAGUUCCUUGGCUGCGUGAACAGGGUUGAUAAAUGGAAAUUGAUGCACCGGAAGGAACUGGUGUCGUGGAUCAACCCACAGAACAACCUCGUGCUGAUCGGCGACUCAUGCCACCCGAUGCUACCGUACCUGGCUCAGGGCGCAAACUCAUCCAUUGAAGACGGUGCCGUUCUAGGCCUUUUACUUGGACCAGAGGCCCUGGGGUCAAAAGUGCAAUUGGCCGAAAAUCUGCAACUCUUUCAGCAACUGCGCAAGUCACGGGGCGAGGACAUUGUGCGAGAGACUUUCAAGCAAAGGAAAGACUUUCACAUGCGCGACGGGCCAGAUCAGGAGAGGCGAGAUGCAUUGAUGUUACGGCAGCUUGGCCAAGAGUUGCGUGGCGCCUUCCCAAGUCGCUGGACAUGUCCAGAGGUGCAGCCGUGGCUGUACGGAUACGAUGCACACAAGGAGGUGGAGGCCGUCAUCCAUUCUCGCGAGUUGUAG